AGCAGUUUACUGAAUUCCAGUCCACACGCAUCUGUCGGAAUUCGACAAGUUGUGUUUUGGAUUUUCUUGAAUAGGUUUCGCACAAACCCAAGAAAUAUUGAAGCUGAACGACUGUUUGGAUGGGCUUUUUGUCAUGGAGAAUGGUCAUAUCUGCUCUCGUAACCAUUCUCUUCUUCCAUGAGCCAUGCCUCGCUGAAAUACCUCCGAGCUAUACAUUCAUACAUGAAGCAACAAAAGCACCAAAGAUUUCAUUCUACGACUACAUAGUCAUUGGUGGAGGCACCGCCGGAAUCCCAAUCGCCACCACCCUCUCUGAAAGCUACUCAGUUCUACUGCUAGAACGUGGUGGCUCACCCUACGGCAAUCCGAACAUCACAGAAAUUGGCAACUUUGGUUCAACUUUUAGAGAUUCCUCCCCUAAUUCUCCCUCUCAGCGGUUUGUUUCAGAGGAUGGCGUUGUAAACGUACGUGGAAAAGUCUUGGGUGGUGGUACCGCAAUUAACGCAGGAAUUUACUCCCGUGGUGAAGGAAAGUUCAAAAACGAAGCGCGAUUAAUGGAUGAUGAUUUGAUCGGUAAGUCUUACGGGUGGGUGGAAAAGGUGAUGGUUUUUAAGCCGGUGAUGGGGAGGUGGCAAUCGGCGAUGAGAGGUGCACUUAUUGAAGCUGGGGUAACACCAGAUAAUGGUUUUAGUUAUGAUCAUAUCAUUGGAACUAAAGUUACUGGUACCAUUUUUGAUCAAAAUGGGACGAGACAUACUGCAGCAGAUUUGCUACGUUAUGCAAACCCUAAAGGGUUGUCUCUUCUUCUACAUGCAACUGUUCACAAAAUCUUGUUCAAGACGAAUGGGAAAUCGAAGCCAACAGCUUAUGGAGUGGUAUUUCAAGAUUCAUUAGGAAAUAAGCAUAGAGCAUAUCUAAAAGGUGACCAGAAGGAUGAAAUCAUACUGUCUGCUGGUUCUCUUGGGAGCCCACAGCUUUUGAUGUUGAGUGGCAUUGGUCCAAAAGACCAACUUGAUGCCCAUAAGAUCAAAGUCGUGCAUCAACACCCCUUUGUUGGUCAAGGCAUGGCGGAUAACCCGCUAAGUACGAUCUUCGUCCCUUCUCCCAUUCCUGUCGAGCCAUCAGGUGUUCAAGUUGUCGGUAUAACUCGGUUUGGAAGCUACAUCGAAGGAGCUAGUAGCGUUAACUUUAUCUUUGCAAGUCCUUCAGACUACCAAGGGUUUUCUUAUGAGGUGGGUGGAUUUAUAUUUGAGAAAAUAAACGGCCCGAUCUCUCAUGGAGAAUUGAAGCUUCAAAACCUAGAUCCAUCUGCCAACCCAUCCGUGACAUUCAACUACUAUAAAGAACCUAAAGACUUGCAAAAAUGCGUUGGUGGAGUUAAAACCAUCCUAACAGCAGUUGAAUCAAAGGCAUUCUCGAAGUUCAAAUAUAGAAAUAUGACAGCCCAAGAUAUUCUUGACCUAAACGCGAAACUACCAACAAACUUGCCGAUAGACGCAAAGACAAGUUCAUCAUUCGAACAAUUUUGCAAGGACACUGUAAAGACGCUAUGGCAUUAUCAUGGUGGGUGUCAGAUUGGUAAGGUCGUCGACCAUGAAUAUAAGGUUUUUGGCGUGGACGGCCUUCGAGUUAUUGAUGGAUCGACUAUACUUAACUCUCCGGGAACUAAUCCACAAGCGAGCAUUUUGAUGCUUGGAAGGUACAUGGGAGUUACCAUACUACGACAACGACUUGCAAGUGACAAAUCACGAUAAGGAUUUACAAUCGCAACUUCUUUUUCGCGUAGAUAAAUUGUUCGUUUAUAUAUGCUACAUGGAAGUUUACUUUGUCACACAUUAAUUUUGUAUGUAACAUAUUACAAAUAAUAAUAAUUAAU